GUCCGUUUACGUGAGCGGUCGUGGAUUCGCUUAUAGCACACGGCUUAUCACAUAUUUUUUGUGAAGAAAAAACCUUAAAAAAAAAAAAAAAAAUUAAAAACAUAAAAAGUAACAAAAAAAAUUGUAAAAAGUAGCAAAAAAUUCGAGCAAGUGUUUAAGCGUAGACCUGAUCACCAAAUAUGGCCUCACUAUACGUCGGUGAUCUGCACCAGGAUAUCAACGAAGCUUCACUUUUUACGAAGUUCUCGACUGCAGGUCCAGUUCUGUCCAUACGCGUCUGCCGCGAUGUGAUUACCCGUCGUUCAUUGGGCUAUGCCUACGUGAAUUUCCAGCAGCCAGCCGAUGCUGAGCGUGCUUUGGACACAAUGAAUUUCGACUUGGUUUGCGACAAACCCAUUCGCAUAAUGUGGUCUCAGCGCGAUCCCUCACUGCGCCGCUCCGGCGUUGGCAAUGUGUUCAUUAAGAACUUGGACAAGGCCAUCGACAACAAAGCCAUUUACGACACUUUCUCUGCCUUCGGCAAUAUCCUGAGCUGCAAGGUCGCCAUCGAUGAGACGGGCAACUCCAAGGGUUAUGGCUUUGUUCAUUUCGAGACUGAGGAGGCAGCAAACACGUCCAUCGACAGGGUCAACGGCAUGUUGCUCAACGGCAAAAAGGUUUACGUGGGCAAAUUCAUUCCCCGCAAGGAGCGCGAGAAGGAGCUGGGCGAGAAGGCCAAACUCUUUACCAACGUCUACGUGAAGAACUUCACCGAGGAGUUUGACGACGAGAAACUCAAGGAAUUCUUUGAGCCAUACGGCAAGAUCACCAGCUACAAGGUCAUGUCUAAGGAAGAUGGCAAAAGCAAGGGCUUCGGAUUUGUGGCCUACGAGACAACAGAGGCUGCUGAAGCCGCGGUUCAGGCCCUCAACGGCAAGGAUAUGGGAGAGAGCAAGUCUCUGUACGUGGCUCGUGCACAGAAAAAGGCUGAGCGCCAGCAAGAGCUGAAGCGCAAGUUCGAGGAGCUGAAGAAGAAGCGCCACGACUCAGUUUUUGGUGUCAACUUGUAUGUCAAGAACUUGGACGACACAAUUAACGAUGAACGUCUGCGCAAGGAGUUCUCUUUGUAUGGAACUAUUACCUCGGCCAAGGUCAUGACCGACGAGGAGGGUCGCUCCAAGGGAUUCGGCUUCGUCUGCUUCAUUUCGCCCAAUGAGGCCACAUGCGCUGUGACAGAACUGAAUGGUCGCGUGAUCGGCAGCAAGCCUCUAUACGUGGCCCUGGCCCAGCGGAAGGAGGAGCGCAAGGCUCACCUCGCCUCACAGUACAUGCGCCACAUGACCGGCAUGCGCAUGCAGCAGCUUGGACAGAUGUUCCAGCCCAAUACCACUGGUGGCUUCUUUGUCCCGUCCCUACCUUCGAGCCAGCGCUUCUACAAUCCCCAGAUGGCCACCCCAAUGCGCAACGCCCCUCGCUGGGCUCCUCAGGUGCGCCCAGCUGCCACCGUGCAGAGCGUGCAGGCCGGCGCUGCCGCCGCCGCUGCUGGAGGCUUCCAGGGUGCAGCCGGAGCGGUGCCCACACAGUUCCGUUCGGCUGCAGCCGGUGCACGCGGUGCCCAGCCACAGCAGGUGCAGGGCACGCAUGCCGCCGCUGCUGCCGCGGCUGCCAACAACAUGCGCAACACUGGAGCCAGAGCCAUCACCGGCCAGCAGACAGUUGCUGCCACCAACUUGCAAAUAGCUGGUGCUCAGAUCGCUGGCGGUGCCCAACAGCGUGCUCCCAGCUUCAAGUACACAUCGAACAUGCGCAAUCCCCCUGUGCAGCAGAUGCAGCAGGCCCAGCCCAUGCCGCAGCAGUUGCAGGGAAAGAACUCCGAGAAGCUCAUUGCCUCGUUGUUGGCAAAUGCAAAGCCACAGGAGCAGAAACAGAUCCUGGGUGAGCGCCUGUAUCCGAUGAUUGAGCGCAUGCACCCGGCCCUGGCCGGAAAGAUUACUGGUAUGUUGCUGGAGAUUGAGAACUCUGAGCUAUUGCACAUGCUAGAGGAUCAGGAGGCCCUCAAGGCCAAGGUGGAGGAAGCUGUGGCCGUGCUCCAGGUGCAUCGCGUUAGCGAGCCCGCAAACUAAGCUCGAACCACAAAAGCGGAUGAAAAUUUUACAAAAAACACUCGACACAAAAAAUUUUCCUCUUUACUUUCAAUUCAUUAACAAUUCGCAUUCAAUGAUUCUCGUGCAAAAAACAAUGCACGCUUCCAAGGACAAAAAUUAAUACACAAAACAACUUCGAGGUUGGAGCGUUAAGAGCUCCAACCGCUCUUUUCUCAAUCCCAGAAACAACUUAAAAGAAUCAUUUAAUUUCGAACGCAUUUACGCAAGUACACGUAGAAAACGGAGAAAAGCAAGAAACACACGAAUUCAGCAAAUCGAUUUGAAGAUAUCAAUUAGUCCACUUUUACAGAAGAACAAUGGAAACGCAAAAAAGAGAAAACAAAUGCGAAUUGAACGUUUAUUUUUUGGCAUUGCUUAAAUUGUUUCAAUUCUAAUUUGUAUGCGUAAAAAAUAAAUGCAAAAUAAACACAAUUAAAGCAAACAUAUUGGAUUGUAGAAAGAAUAAUACAUUACGAUCCAAUCCGAGCAAAUGCCGACCAGUUUCUAGCUUUUUCAAACCUUUUUUAUCGAACACUUUUUCGUUAACACUUACCAACAACAAAGUCCAACAACACCGACACGAAAGCGAAAUGUAAUUUUAUUUUCUUUAUUUCUCAAAUCAAAACUUUAAAAAAGCUUUGCGUUUAGAAAAAGCGAAAGAAGCGAAGCGAGAGAUCCACACACACUUUUAAAAAAGUAAAGAAAACAACACAAAAAAAUUGCAAAAAAUCUUAAAAUAAAAAACGAAAAAAUGUGAAAGAGAACUGCGAUCAGAACCGAAAAGAAAAUAAAAGAAAAGAAAGCGCAGAAAAGGGAAAACGCAAGCCGCAAGAAUAUGAGAGUCAAGUUUUUGCUACUUUAAAAAA